AUGGGCAACCGGAGCUCCAAGGCUCCCCGGGGCGACGUGACCGCCCCUGAGGCCUCGGGCUCUACCCCAACGAAGGCCAACGGACAGAAGAAUGGCCACGUGAGAAGCAAUGGAGACUUGUCCCCCAAGGGUGAAGGGGAGUCGCUCCCAAUGGACAGAACAGAUGAAGCACCUGGGGCCACUGGCGAUGCCAUCGAGCCUGCACCCCCUAGCCAGGGAGCUGAAGCCAAGGGAGAGGUCUCCCCGAAGGAGACCCCCAAGAAGAAAAAAUUCUCUUUCAAGAACACUUUGAAAUUGACCGGCCUGUCCUUCAAGAGAAAUCGGAAGGAGAGUGGGGACGAUUCUUCUGCCUCCUCGCCCACAGAGGAAGAGCAGGAGCAGGGGGAGAUCAGCGCCUGCAGCGACGAGGGCACUGCCCAGGAAGGGAAGGCUGCUGCCACCCCUGAAAGCCAGGAGCCCCAAGCCAAGGGGGCAGAGGCUAGUGCUGCUUCCAAGGGAGGAGACACAGAAGAGGAGGCAGGGCCCCAGGCUGCAGAGCCCUCCACUCUCUCUGGCCAGAGUGGCCCUGCAUCUGCCAGCGCUGAGCAGAUCUAG